UGGAAUGGAAAGAAAAUGACGGUUUUGUUUUGAUGCAAAAGCUGAGCGAGUUACGUUAGAACGUGCUUUGGUGCAGUUGUUUCAUUUAUUGCCCCAGUGCUUACUGUAUGUAACAUACCUAUAUAGUUAUUGUGUACAGUGUACAAUGUCAACGUGAGGUCCCUGUAAAUAUCAAGAUGCAUUUUUAUUUUUGUAUUUGUCUACAGUCACAAGUAUUGUGUGUUUGAAAAGUUUGAUUAACUACUGUAAGCAAUGCGAUUAUUUUUGACGACUAUAAAAGUUUUACUUGUUAUGAAAAAUGGGUGUAAAGGAUUUGUGGAAUAUUUUAUCCCCUCUCAGCGAGAGAAAACCACUGUUCGAAUUGCAGGGUAAAGCUAUAGCAAUAGAUCUGAGUUGUUGGGUUGUUGACAGCCAGAGUGUUACGGAUAAUAUUGCUCAACCAAAAAUGCAUCUUCGAAAUUUGUUCUUUCGUACCUCAUACUUCCUCCUCCAUGACAUUUUCCCAGUAUUUGUUCUGGAAGGAGCAGCUCCUACUUUGAAACAUAAUACUAUUGCUAAGAGAAAUGAUAUACGCCAUGGAAGAGAGAUAAAGAAAACAAAUAAAAAGGCUGGAAGAUCACGAUUCAACUAUGUUCUCAAGGAAUGUGAAGAAAUGUUAAAAUACAUGGGCUUAACUUGUGUAAAAGGAUAUGGUGAAGCAGAAGCUAUGUGUGCGUACUUAAAUGAAGAUGGGCUGGUUGAUGGCUGUAUUAGUCAGGACAGUGACUGCCUACUCUACGGAGCCAAGAUUGUUUAUCGAAACUUUUGUACAAGUACGCAAGGAAAUCGUACUACAAGUAGUGGAUCAAUUGACGAGUAUUCCAUGGAAAAAAUUCAACAAGUUUUUAAUUUAGGUAGAAAUAAAAUGAUAGCAUUGGCUCUCAUGUGUGGAUGUGAUUAUGAUGAAGGGUUGAGUGGCGUAGGAAAGGAAGCAGCUCUAAAAUUGUUCAAAAUAGUUGACGAUGAUGAAAUUUUAUACAGGAUGAAACAAUGGAGAACUGAUUCAAAAUUCAAAAGGAUGGAAGCGGAAUUGUCAAAUCCAAACAUAUGCACAAAUUGUGGGCAUUCUGGAAAAAUGAGAUCUCAUACCAAAGUUGGCUGUGUCGAUUGUGGAACUAAAGUCAAAUGUAGUGAUAGUUACAAAGAAAAACGUACUUUAAUCUCUAAUGAAUUAGCAAUACGGAAAAAGGCUCUUAUAAUUGAAAAUUUUCCAAACCAAGAAUUGAUAGAUGAAUUUUUAGUUCGAAAAGGACCCGUCCCUUCCGAGUUAGAUUUAAAAUGGAAGAAACCUAUGAUUGUAAAAUUUGUCGGUUUCAUGGAGAAAAACGUUGCAUGGGAGCCAGCUUAUGCGUUUGCAAAAAUUUUUCCCCUCAUGACCAGAUGGCAGUUAUUGAAUUUGAUCGAAUUCCCCAUCGAACAACGCUUGACAACACCAGGUGUUUUCGUGCCAGAAAAAAUCAAAAAGAUAAGAAACAUUAAAAGCGUGGCUAGUUACGAGAUUUUGUGGCUCGAUAGGGAUGAUAUUUUAGAAGGCUUGACCCUAACGAGUCCCGAGUCUGAUAGAGAAGACGACGAGGAAGAGAGCCCUGAUGCGUUGUCGGAAUUAGCCACAAUAGAGCCUCAGGAAAUAGUUCGCAAAUGUUAUCCAAUGAUCAUCGUAGAAUUCGACGCUCAAAGAAAUGCAAAGAAAAAGAAACCCACCCGCAGUCGCAAGAACAAGACUGAUGAGAACAGCGAAGAACCUACAGAAAAGAAAAAACCCGAGAGAAAGAGACGGGGCAAAAGCAAAACAGCUGAGGUCGCGAACAACAGAAAGAUCAUAGAAUUCGUCAACGUUGAAAAGCAGGUAGCCAAUUUGGAGGAGUCCUUAGGUAGAAUGAGCAUCACUCCCAAGAGAAGAAAGAAGGAUGAACCUAUUAGAAUAUCAAGCGUGAAAAAGAGAGGGCCUCAGUUCGACAGAGUUAUGACCACCGAACGCAUGGACGCGAUUUUGAACGGAUCUUUGGAGGCGAUGUUCAAUCAACUGACUCCAGAGGACUUUGCCAGUGAUUUAGAAGACUCGACCGUUGACAUGUCGUUUAUUAUUAAUGAAAUUUGUAGUAAGGAAACUAAUCAGCAAAACAUAUGUAUUGAGUAUCAAAAGAACAUCUCGCCGAAUAUAGAUUUUCACAUGGAAUACGACUACAGUGUCGUGAAAGAUUCUGAGAUAGAACACGAGAGUGGGUUUGUAAAAAAUGUCGAAGAAAAUAUUGUAAUCGAGCACCAAGAAAGUGUUUUAAAACCAGCGGACAGCGAAGAGGAGUUAGACGAAUUCGAUCUCUUGGAAAAGACUUACGUGCCGUUGCAUAUGAGGCUGAAUGUGGAAAAGAGAAAAAGCAGUAUACCUAUUCGCAAAUCAUUGACAACAGAUAACACUGAAGAUAGGUUUAGCAUAGGCAUCGAUAGUCUAUUAAAUGGCACCGACGACUGAACGGUAUUUUUUAUGGAAUAAAAUCUUAUUUAUUUUAGUAUCACUUCGUAACAUUCAUACAAAAAUAUGACUAUAAAAUAGACGUAUAAAAUAACGAUCUCUUAGUGUUAAUAAGCUAUCUAACAAUGAUUCACCGAUCUGAACAGCACUUUUUUGUUCGUCUCUUCCAAAUGGUUCUGCUGGUCGGCAGCUUUAUUGUAUUCGUGCUUCCUGGUGUGAUUAGCACGUUGGAGACAUAGUCUUCCAGAAUCUCGUCGAAUAUCCUGUCUGUAAAGUAAGAUAUAUUUGUAGAGAAUUUUCACAGUGUCAUCUUACAUGUUUCUUUCGACAUCAGGCGACUUUAAUAAAUCAUACAUCAGAACACGCA